AUGCAAGCUGAAAAGGCAGAGUCAGUGUCCGACAGCGAUCAAGCUGGUCCGCCAGCGCCCGUUGGGUUCUUCGAUCCGGCGUUGAAAGAAGUGCGGAAGCGCGUGUUCUAUCAAUGUGCCAAGACAGUCUCCAUUCUAUGUGUCUUCGUCCUGACUGUACUCUCCAUAUUCUGGGGCUCCCAGUUCCUCACCGAAACGAAGUUCCCCAAUCUCCAUGUUUGGGUCGUCGACUUCGACGGUCAAGUCGAACCAUACGUCACCAACGACACAAUCGUCGGUCCAGCCGUCAUUAACACAGCCAAGCAAUAUGAAGCUUCAUCCAGCCUGCACUUAGGCUACUACUUCAAAUCAGCCGCAGAGUUCAACUACGACCCCUGGGAGGUCCGCCAAGCAGUCUAUGAUGAACACGCCUAUGCCGCGGUCAUAAUUAAUCCGAACGCAACAUCGCUCCUUCGCGCAGCGAUCAACAAUGACAACACAACCUACGACCCCGCCGGCGCAAUCCAAACAGUCAUCAUCUCCGCCAGAGACGAAGACACCUACUACACCUACGUCCUGCCCGACCUAGCCAUUCUCCAGACCCUGAUCCAGACCAACUUCGGCCCACAGUGGGUCCGCGAGCUAAUCUCCUCAUCCACCAAUCUAUCCACCGUCCCCCCACAAGCGAUAAACCCAGGCAUUGGGUUCACGAAUAUCGAUCUCCGACCUUUCACGCCGGCUGUCGCUGCGCCUGCUGUAUCAAUCGGCUUGAUCUACCUGAUCAUUAUCUCGUUCUUCAAUUUCCCCUUCUUGAUGCCUAUUCAUGCUCAGUUCAUGAAGCCGGAUGGUCACCCGCCUAUGAAGGUUCCACAUUGGCUUAUUUGGCGCGCAUGCUGCAGUUUCACGGCUUAUUUCUUCUUGUCAUUCUUUUACUCGCUUGUCUCCCUUGCGUUUCAGAUUCCAUUUUCCAAUUCGCCAGCGCCAGAUACGCUAUCUGCUAAUAAUGCGAAUGCGUAUGGCCAAGGCUCGUUUGUGGUGUUCUGGAUGCUGAAUUGGGUGGGGAUGGCGGCAUUGGGAUUCCCUUGUGAGAAUAUGGCCAUGGUUCUCGGUUUCCCGUGGAGUUCCUUUUUCCUCAUUUUUUGGGUUAUUACGAAUGUGGCAACGGGCUUUUAUUCUUUGGAUUUGGCCUCUGAUUUCUUUCGAUGGGGUUAUGCUUGGCCGUUGCAUCGGAUUGUCGAGGCUCUGCGUACUAUUUUGUUCGGAACCCACUCGCGCAUUGGAUUGGACUUUGGAGUCCUAUUCGCUUGGAUCGCUGUCUCGCUGGCAUUCUACCCCGUCGCUACCCUUAUUAUGCGUUGGAAGAUGAAGCGCGGACUUUAA